UCUUACCAAUUGUUGUUUCCGUUUCGACAGAGGACGGCAUCGCUGAGUCACCUCCCCGUGGAGGACCUUAGAGACCCCCUACCGCCUCAAUGGAGGUGCUACAUGUCACCACAGGGGCGGCGAUACUACGUGAACACCACAAAUAACGAGACGACAUGGGAGAGACCGUCCAGCGUUCCCGGAACCCCCAAAACCUCCAUCCGACACAAGAACUCACUGCCAGCAGUGAAUGGAUUUCACUCGGGUGGAAGUCCCUUACAUCAUCUGGAUCAUUCACACAACAGCCUGGUUAGAAAAAGCAGUACAGAGCCACAGGUAAGUUCAUAACAUACACUCGUAAUA